UACGGUAGGAGGGUUGUGUCAGAUCAGGUCCUCUUGCCACUGGGGUUUAAAGUUUCAACAGAUCUGGAAACACAAUGAUUUGGAUGAAGCGGCAGAGUGAAAGAGCCCGGUCACCUUAUCAGACUUAACUGCCCGGAGCUCACGGAGCCUCCGUCAUCCUCACAGCAGGCACGUCUGAGUGUGUGUGCUGCAAGAUCUCUGUGCCGGAGGGGAACAUACAUGGGUGUAGAGAGAACAAUCGCUUUGGAGUUUUGUUGCUCUUCUUCAAUUGCAGCUUAAUUGCACAGGAAGAGCGCACACCCUGUUGUAACUUGUUGCCACUCGGGAAUCAAUGGAUUAUCUGUUUGAUUCUAUACGUCUGUAGAGCAUACAUGGAAUGAUCGCUUAGGGAUCACACAAGAGUUCAAGGAUCCAGACAUCAGACGUUUCCUGGAGUCUCGGAGUGCCAACUGUGUGUAAGGAUGGCUGCUUCUUCAAUAGACCUGCGAGACAUAGAAAUAAAGUUAGGACGCAAGGUGCCGGAGAGCCUGGUGAAGUCCCUCAAGGAGGAUCACUGUGACUUGAUGGAUGGCAGAGAUGGGAUCUCUGCUGAAACUUCUGCUGCUAGCCUCCAGGCCACCUCGGUGGAAAGGCUGGAGAAUAAGAUACAGCUUCUCAAAAGAGAUAUGAUUUACUUGCGGGCUACCGAUGUAAAACUGAUGAGGCAGCUACUCAUAAUCAACGAGAGUAUUGAAUCCAUCAAGUGGAUGAUGGAGGAGAAGGAGAUCAUAACAAGCCAAGGAAGCAGUCUUAGUGGAAGCCUUUGCAGCUUGCUAGAGAGUCGGGACACUUCAUUGCAAGGAAGUUGCAACAGUUUACAUGACUACAGUGACGGCAUGGAUGAAAUAUCAGUAGGGAGUUACCUGGACACUCUAGCAGACAUUGUUCCGGGACAUUGUACACCAUCAGAUUUUGAUGAGUAUAGUGAGACACAAGAUGACUCUGUAGAUCGUCAGCCUCUAUGCAACGAUUCUAGCAAUCAUUUUGAGGAAUAUUAUUGUUUCAGAUAAAAUUCCACAGUAGAGAACCAUGCUGAUUUUUAUGGUUGUAUUAGUUUUUACUAAAUGCAUAAAGUAUACAUAGUAAUAUGUAUCAAUGGCCCAUUGCAGUUUACUAAAGUCCAUUUAAAGCAUAUGCUACAGUUCCUAUUUAAAAAAAAUGAGUGUAUUUUCAUGAUUUCCCCUAAUUAAAGUAGUAAUAUGGCUAAUUAGUUUAAUUUUCUUGGUUGUAACUGGUAUAUUUUCCACAUUAUGUUUUUCUAUUUAUUUUUGUAAUUAUGAUAUUUGAGAAUAUAAUUGAAGAUCUACUUUUUACAUGAUCUUUUUAUAAUAAAAUAAUAUUAAUAAUUAAAGGAUCAACAUUCCGUAUAAGAGAUUUUUUGUUUCCAAAUACCAUGGUGACCUUUUUAAAUAUCAAAUACUUAGCAAACCUUUCAUAUUACUGUACCAAUUUCCAUCACGUUCUCAUUGAAUGGACUAAAACAUUUAAAUUGUUAUUAUUCCCAAAACCUUCUAUAUGUAAGGCCAAUAGUUGACCAGGUUGUGUAGUUGUGUAAUUUGAAAAUGUAUCUUUGUGUAAUUAAAUCUAUAUUUUACAAAAGAUUACCAAUGUUAUUUUUUCAGGUUUUUGUUCAGUUACACAUAUUGUUUUAAAAAAUGCAUUGUCUAAUUUGGAAGUUGUUCAAAUUUAAAAAUGUUUACAGUUUCCUUUGUAAUUAACUUUUUUGACUCAUUGACAUGUUUUGUGUGAAAUAAAACAAAUGUUAAAUAACCAUAUUUUAAACAAACAAUUAAUCUGUUUAAUACAGAUAUUAUUGUUCCACAUUAUCAAAUAUAUUGUGCAAUAUUUAGUUUGUGUUGCUUUCAAACAACAAAUCUUGAGAAUCACAAGUGGUUUUACUGAAUAUUUGCCAUCACAAACAAGAGAAAUGUGGCAUCUGACAGACUGCAGUAGCAGACAAAUUUUGUCAUUUAAUUUUUGGUCCAUUUGUCAUUUUGCCCUUUCGGCUCAGAUGAAGAUCGAAGGGUAUUUUACAUUCACAAAAUAAAUUUGUUGUCACUCACCCUCA